GAUCUAAUGACAAGAGUCACGGCGGUAGGGUUGACGAUAAGCGACUGCCUACCAAUAGGAUUAGCUCCAACGAGCUGAAGUGAACUCCUUUGAGGUCUUGCACUAACACGACCAACCCCACUUCAUCUCAAGCGUGAAGUCGUUUAACCACUCUCACAUAAAAAGACCAGCGGCAGCCACCAUCUACAUAUUCCCCUCAUCGCUCUCUGUUUCUCCUCAACUCUCUGGAUCAAGUUCAUCAUACAAAGAAGAAAGCUAAUCCGAUCUCUACCGAAGAUGCGCGUCUUAGGUCUUCUCGGCGGUACAACCUACAACGCAACCCUCCUCUACUACAAACAAAUAAACGCCUAUGUCCAACACCAUCUCGGCGGAGGCCACUCCUCCAAACUCCUCCUUCACUCCUUUGACCAUGCCGAACUCUUUAAUUUCUUCCAAGCAGGCAACUACAACGAAGUAUCCCGGCAAAUAUGCACCGCUGCAAAGAAUCUCAAGUCCAUCGGCGCAGAAGCCAUCGUUCUCUGCGUCAACACGAAUCAUCGCUGGGCAGAAGAUAUCGAAAAUGCAACGGGCCUUCCACUGCUGCAUAUCAUUGACUUUACGGGUGACGCUAUAGUUAAAGCGGGGUUGAAGAAAGUUGCGUUGUUGGGAACGCAGAUUAGUAUGGAGCAUGAUUUUCUGAAGGGGAGGCUUGAGAGGAAGUUUGGGGUUGAAGCAUUUGUUCCGGAGAGGGAGGCGGCGAGGAAGAGGAUGGAUCGUGUCAUUUUUCAGGAGUUGUCUUGUAAUAAGGUACUGCCUGAGUCAAGGGAGUUUUACUUGGAUGAGAUUAGGAAGAUGUUUCAGAGGGGUUCUGAAGGUGUUAUUUUGGGGUGUACCGAGUUACAGAUGAUAUUAAAGCCGGGGGAUGUUGACAUGCCGAUGUUUGAUACUGUUGAGUUACAUGCGAAGGGAGUUGCUAAGUGGCAGCUGGAGGGGUAAAAGUGUUCAUAACUGUUGGAUCAUCUGAUAUCAUAAAGUGAAAUGCUGCCUCAUUGCAACAGC